GAAUAGUUCUCGAAUCAAGACAUCUCCCGCCCGCCUUUGCUGCCGAAGCAAGCAGGAAAUCGUGUUUUUUUUCCUCUCCCGGAUUACUAUGCGACACGCGUUUUAAGUUACAAACACGGAAUCGUCAUGAGUUCAAAUAGAUCACCAAAUACAGCCGCUGAUGACCGACUUGACCCUGAGGAAGAUAAACAAUUGGCAGCAGCCACCCGUGAGGCUAACCGUCUCCCAGAGCUCCGUCUGAUCCUGCUUGGCUGGAGAUGGCCAGGUAAAAGCCUGACUGGCAAUACUAUUCUGGGCCGUGAAGAGUUUCGUCUGGAACGAGCAGCUGAAUUCUGUGUGAAACGUGAAACCGAGAUCGAUUUGCGCCAAGUAACGGUAGUAGACACUCCUGGCUGGUUCUCAGCCCAGACCACACCAGCAGACUAUCAGCAGGAGAUGGUACGAAGCGUUAGCAUGUUGCAACCUGGACCCCACGCAUUCCUGCUGGUCAUACCAGUGGGCAUGUUCACCGAAACGGACCGCGCUCGUAUAGAAGAGAACUUGGCUUUGUUUGGUGAGGACGUGUGGAAGCACACCUUGGUGGUGUUCACCUGGGCUGAGAUUUUGAAGGACAGGUCUAUAGAAAGGCAUAUACGAAGAGAAGGUCGUGACCUUCAGUGGGUGCUGGACAAAUGUAAGAAGAGAUAUCAUGUGAUCAAUAACUAUAUUUUUGGUGAGCACCCACAGCUGCCUCAGCUGAUGGAGAAGGUUGAGAAGAUUGUAGCUGAAGAGGGCGGCUGCUUCAUCCUCAAGCAAGACGAAAUAAAAACACAAAAUCAACUUCAAAGUCUAAAUCUAAAUUCCAAUUCUGUGAAGGAGAACAGGGAACUUGGGGCUAGACCAAAACAGAAUGGAUCCUGCAACUCACUGCGGUCAAUGGAUGUGGAUCCUCCACAAAAAGAAAGAAACUCAUAAAAGUUUGGAACCACUUAAGGGUGAACAAAUUAUUUGGUUGAAGAAGUGAGUGACUAACGCUGUGUGAACCGAUCCAGUGCUGCUGCACUCAUUACCUCAAUUCCAUUCGCACUUAAUUGUGUCUAAAUUAUUAUUCCCAUAUACAGUUUAAGUCAAAAUUAUUCGCCCUCCAGUGAAUCAUUUUUCUUUUUCAAAUAUUUUCCAAAUGGUGUUUAACAGAGCAAGGAAUUUUUUUCACAGUAUUUUCUAUAUUAUUUU